AUGUCAGAAGUAAAGCAAGACCACCAAACAACAUCACAGGACCAGGCGGUACCGCCGGACCGAUCGACAUGGUGGGCUAGAUUACAACAGCGCUUCCCCAUCCUACAGAAGAAAAGCGGUGUUGCCCUCGUCGUCGGCCUCAUGAUUUUACCUCUAUUUGGGUUGUUGGGUUUACUCGCCCUACGAAACCGCGGUGGUAGCGGUGGCGCAAACGGGGAUUCGGCUAGUGGACAGAAGCUCAUUACGGAUGAUACGUACUUCUAUGGCCAGUCUGAACCGAUUUACCCUUCUCCGGCAAUGACGGGUGUUGGAACGUGGGCGGACGCAUAUAACAAAGCGGCUGAUUUUGUGAAACAACUCACGAUCGAGGAGAAGGUGAGCCUUGCGUCAGGUAUCUCCUCAUCAACUGGCAGCUCAGGAACAGUAAAUGGGUGCUCCGGCAAUAUCGAUGCCAUCCCACGCAUGAACUUCUCGGGAUUCUGUCUCAAUGAUGCUGGACAAGGUGUUCGAGCUACAGAUUUCGUCAGCGGAUUUCCGAGCGGCCUCCAUGUCGCUGCUAGUUGGAACAAGGACCUAGCAAGGAGUCGCGCCGAGGCCAUGGGUCUCGAGUUCAAGGUCAAGGGCGUAAACAUUCAUCUUGGGCCAGUCGUUGGGCCUCUUGGACGAGUGGUGCGUGGUGGUCGUAAUUGGGAAGGCUUUUCGCCAGAUCCGGUUUUAUCAGGCGUUCUGGUUGCAGAAACUGUGGGCGGCAUCCAAUCCCAAGGGGUUAUCACAAGCACAAAGCAUUACAUUGGUAACGAGCAAGAGACGAACCGACAGCCAACGGAUGACGUGGAAGCCGUCUCGUCAAAUAUUGAUGAUACGACUUUACAUGAGCUUUACUUAUGGCCUUUCCAAGACGCCGUCAAAGCCGGAACCGCCAACGUAAUGUGCUCUUACAACCGAGUAAACAACUCUUACGCUUGUGCGAAUAGUAAGCUCCAAAAUGGUAUCUUGAAAAACGAGCUAGGAUUUCAAGGAGCAAUUACUUCCGACUGGGAUGCCAUGCAUGCCGGAGUUGCAUCGGCGGAAGCCGGAAUGGACAUGGUCAUGCCUAACUCCGAGCUCUGGGGUGACAAUCUAACACAAGCAGUCAAAAAUGGAUCGCUUUCAGAGGACCGAUUAAGCGAUAUGGCGACUCGUAUUAUGGCCGGCUAUUAUCAACUAGGGCAAGAUCAAGAUUUCCCGGAGCCAGGUAUCGGUAUGCCUGCCGAUUUGUCCAAACCCCACGACAUUGUCGAUGCGAGGAACAUUUCAUCUCAGAAGAUUCUAUUUGAUGGUGCCGUCGAAGGUCAUGUAUUAUUGAAGAACGAAAAGAAUGCGCUUCCAUUAAAGAAGCCAAGGAUGCUAUCGGUGUUUGGAUACUCGGCGAAGAGCCCCGACCAGUGGAACUACAAAUCUAACGGAGGUGUGGCCGCUUGGACUUUUGGGGGUGAAUCAUCCUACCUUGGACGCGAUACGAGUGCCGGCUUUUCGGGCAACUACUACGAAGACUUUUCAGAUAUUGCACCUAACGGGACUUUGUUUUGUGGUGGAGGUUCUGGCGCUGUGACGCCUGCUACUGUCAGUGCGCCAUUCGAUGCGCUAAACUCUCGCGCACUUGACGAUCGCACCGCAGUAUUCUGGGAUUUCUUUAGUCCUGACCCGGACGUCGCUAGUGCAUCAGAUGCAUGUUUAGUUAUCGUCAAUGCUUUCGCAAGUGAAGGAUACGACCGCCCCGGUCUACGAGACGAUUAUACGGAUGGUUUGAUCCGUCACGUGGCAGAUCGUUGUAACAACACGAUCGUCAUUUUCCACAAUGCUGGCGUCCGGCUCGUGGAUCAAUGGAUCGAGCACCCGAACAUAACCGGUCUAGUAUUCGCACACCUCCCCGGCGAAUCCUCCGGCCGCGCGCUUGUCUCCCUCCUCUACGGUGACUCCAAUUUCUCUGGCAAACUCCCGUUUACAAUCGCCAAGAAUGAGUCCGACUAUGAGCAUUUCGCGGGCCCGGACCUACCCGAAGGACAAUUCGAAAAGUUUCCGCAGUCGAAUUUUAGUGUUGAGGGUGUGUAUAUUGAUUACCGCCACUUCGAUGCAAAUAACAUUACCCCCCGGUAUGAGUUUGGCUUCGGGCUGAGCUAUACCUCGUUUAACUACUCUAACUUAGAAAUCACGAAACGCGACGGCGCGAACACAGCGCAAUUCCCUACCGGCGCGAUCCGGGAGGGCGGGCAACAAGAUCUCUGGGAUGUACUAGCUACCGUAUCUGCGGAUAUCAAGAACGUAGGCGACGUCGACGGGGCCGAGGUCGCGCAACUAUAUCUCGGUAUCCCGGGCGGUGCAGCACCCGUGAGACAACUUCGCGGCUUCGAAAAGCCGUUUUUGAAUACGACGGCGCAGACUACGGUUUCGUUUGAUUUGACCAGACGCGAUCUUAGUGUCUGGGAUGUGGUUGCGCAGAAGUGGCGCUUGCAGACUGGUGAUUAUGCGGUGUAUGUCGGGAAGAGUAGUAGGGAUUUGCCGCUUAAAGGUACUUUGACGAUUUAA